AUGUCGAACCAGUUGGUGGGUUCGGUGUUUGAGCGUGUCAUCCAGGAGGUGUGCGAUGCAUCCCAGGUGGAUUUCGAAGAGAGUGGUGUGGACCAGCAGACACUUGCAGAUUUGCGCAAUAGCUGGCAAAAGAAGCUUUCCUCUCUUGGAGUCGCUCACUUCCCUUGGGACCCUCCACCACCGCAGCCAGCUCCGGCUCAGCCUCAAAAUCAACCGAUCCUCCCACCUACAGCGACCGUCCCAUCCAACGCUCCUCGUCCUCCUCAACCUCCUGCAGUACAGCAACAGCAACACCAACAUGUUCCGCCUCAACAACCACAUCCCCAGACUCUCCCUCCCAAUAUCCCACCUCUUCAUGCUCCAACUCCAGUUACCGCUGGUCCCAUGGGCCAUUCACCGCAGAUCAAGACUGAACCCGGUCUGAACGGUCAUCCCGGACUGCCUCCCAUGAGUCACAUGAUGGGCGCACCCCCAAAUGCACAGUCGGCACGGGAACGGGCGACCAACCUGAUCCAGCAGCGCUAUGGCGCUGCGGCCGCCAACUCUAUCGGCCAAAUGCAAGCUCAGCAACCACCUAUGGGAUUGCCGCGCCCUCCUAAUAUGCAAAUGCCGAACGGCCAAAACCAUCAGAAUCGUCAGGUUAAGCAAGAGCCUGGCUACCAUCCUGUGCCGCACCCAUCGAUAAGCAACUCGCAAACCGACGGCCCCGCUGCUAAUGCGUUGUCAGACUGGAAGGCAGAAGUUGCACGGAGGCGCGAGGCUGCCGAGCGUCAAGAUGGCGAAGGUGACCGGGUGCUCCGAAACCACUUAAGAGAACGUAUGCUACAAUUCGAAGGAGGCGGUCUCAUGGUACCCUUGGACGAGCGUGAAGCUCAGCCAAAGACUCGAUCAGCCCACACUGCCGGCUCAUCCACGAUGCCAAAGGCGCAAUAUGAUGGCCCCGGCGGUGAUGAUACCAAGGAAGAGGACGACGAAGACGCCAUCAACUCGGAUCUCGACGAUCCGGACGACCUAGUUGCUGAAGAUCACGAUGCUGAAGACGCCGUCGGGCAGGUUAUGCUUUGCACAUACGACAAAGUACAACGCGUCAAGAAUAAGUGGAAGUGCACUUUGAAAGAUGGGAUCUUGACCACAGGAGGAAAAGAGUAUGUUCUAUAUAGCCAAAGUCAGCAAACGCUCGCUAACAUGCACCAGAUACGUCUUCCACAAAGGUCAAGGAGAGUUCGAAUGGUAGAACCUCGACCAUUAAUACUGCAUCCAGACUGUAGUACCUAUCGUACUCACCAACCCUCUAAACAACAUUUUGACCAUGUAAAAUCUCUUUCUCGCCUUUUUCUUACUUGGCAUUCGGCGAACUACCACAACAGAACGAAACCCAUAAUGAUUCUUUUCCUCAAAUUUACGAAAGACCAACAACACAGGAUUAUCAACAGAGUAGUGCCACUUAGUUACCUUUGCCUUCUCUUUUACCCCUUUUUUUCGCGCAGCCGGUGUGGAUGGCGCUAUGCAGGCGGAUGA